AUGGUCAGCAUCACAAUAAAGCCCAUCAGCGGCACAUCUGACACAUUCUCUGUCAUUCUCUGCAGAAGCGGCCUGGACAAUGUGCCUCGCGGGUUCCGCCUCAUCUGGCUUUGUCCUCCGCUGCUCGGCACGGGCCAGCAAAUGAGAAACGGUACAGCUUGCGCCUUCGGGUGGGGCGCCGCCGGCCUGCAACCUGGUCUCGCAGGCGGGGGCAUAAUUAGUCUCGGGGCUGGCAGAGUUCUCAAGGAGCCCAGUCAAGUCGGCCAAUUUCGGCCAGCCCCGGCCCGAGGCCGGUGUCAAGGGGAGGCAGAAGCGGCUCGAACUGGACCGCAAACGAAUUGGCCCCAGCACCACGGGCUGCGCGGGGAUUCGGUCUCGUGGCCAAUCAACUGGAUCGACAAGUGGCCUCCCACCGCGAGCGCCCAGCCCAGCCACGAUGCCACCCGUCCGUCGCGACCGGGCCACUUGAGGUGGGGCAGACGUGCCCACGGCAAGAGGCGCCGUCUCAAGAGGCCCAACCAAACAACCAACCCACAAUCCCGAGGACGCUCUCGGAAGGUGGAGUUGUCGCUGUUCGGCUCUGCAACAGCGGGACUCUGCCUCGUUCGGUGGACAAUUAACAAGCACUUGGCGCUCUCCGGUCCGAGGAGAAGGCCCCACGCCAACGACCGAAGCAUGGACAGCCCAUUCGCCGGUACCCUCUUUUUGCACGGCCAGGCUGGGACGAAUGAGCCGGCGCCACUUGAGACGCCAUCACUGCCUACCCGGUUUCCGAGGCCACAUGCUUGGACAGACCUUUCGGACGCCAGAGCGGCCAGGCGUCGCAUCACCGAGGCGCUGGAGACAGAAGGAGAGGUCAGCAUAAGUGGUGCUGCUUCGCGCUCUCUUUCGAGAGGGAGUCAGCCGAGCCCACUCUUUGACAAAGGAAAGAGUACAAGCAAACACACUGGC